AACUGACAAGACCCAGAAAGAGAUGAACAAGUAAACAGAGACACAUAAUCAUAAGUAAUUCAUAUUAAUAGAAUAGAAGACAUGUCGAUUUGCGUCUUGUAAGUCGUCUUGAUAAUAUCAUUAAUAUUUGAAUAUUUUAGGGAUAAGAGACCAAAAAGGAAUUUGGAGAGAAUGAAAAUACGAAUAAGAAAAAAUGGGACCACAAACCCACCACCAGCCACAGGCACAUUUCGAAGCUUCAGCCACAUAUGGCGCAGAGCUCGUCACUCCAUUAAGCAAAGUGGAUCAGGUUCUUUCGUCAGCCUCUCAGCCUGUUGCUUGCCUUGCCUCAUCACCAAACCGAUAAAUCCACCUUCACCAAGUCCCCAAGACCAAACUGCAACAACACCACCAUUUUCCAUCCGUCGUAUUGAAUUUGCCUCAUCUGAAUAUCCUUCAAAAACACCAAUUGGGAGAUCCGAGCUUGCGAAAGCUCCACAGUCGUAUUCGCACUUAUCUGAGCCAGCGACGCCGACGAAGCUCCUGCAGCAGCCCAACGGUACCACCAGCGAAGCCGUCACCCCCGUAGCUCUCUCAUCGCUACCGUCCACAGCGCCAUCUUCACCAAUACUCCCGCCCUCAUCAUUAUCACCACCGCCGCAACGCACUAACAUGGCCGAACGAACACUCCAGCAGAUCCUCAACCAGCUGCGCUCGAAUCCCGGGCUGCCCUACCCCGAAGCAUCCUCCUUCCUCUCCAAAGCCAAGAUCCAACUGCUCCAGCUCAAGGCCGCUACGCCCGGCGCCCCCGGGUCUACCGGUACGUCUCCGCAGAACCUAGUCCUGGCCCGCGACGUCUACGAGCAGGGCGCCCUCUUCAGCAUCCGCGCGCGGAACCCCGACGCCUUCACCCGGUACGUAUCGCAGCUGCAGCCCUUCUACGAGCUGCCGGCUACCGCUGCCGGUGGCGAGCGCAACAAGGUGACCGGUCUAUACCUAUUGUUACUGCUGACGCAAGGCCGCUAUGCCGAGUUCCACUCUGAACUCGAGACUCUGAGUACUAGGGCCAAGGAGAGCGGUGCCGGCGAGAUCGAGGGUGACCGCUUCCUGGGGUACUCGAUCAACCUGGAGCGAUGGCUCAUGGAGGGGAGCUACGACCGUGUGUGGAAGGCUUUGAAGAGCCGGGAGGUGCCAAGUGAGGAGUAUGGUGUUUUCUCUGAGAUCCUAACAUCCCAAAUCCGCUCCGAAAUCGCCUCCAGCAGCGAGCGUGCAUACCCCUCGCUACCACUAAGCAGCACCAAGUCCCUCCUAUUCCUCGACUCCGAAGGCGCCGUCGUCGACUUCGCGCGCCACCGCGGCUGGGUCGUGCGCGACGGUAACAUCUACUUCCCCACAUCCGCCGCCACCGUCGACGGCGAGCCCAUCAACGUCGCCUCCGAAGCCGACGCCGGCGAAGAAAAGGAGUUCAGCCGCAUGGUCAUCGAGAACGCCCUCGGCUACGCCCGCGAGCUCGAGACCAUCGUCUAGGUUGGCCUAACCAAAUCUUAAAGCCGAAGAUAGAGCUAGUGAAAGUUGACCUACCUGCCCCUUAUGAGCUAAGCUGGGCCAUAAUGAGAACUGGCCCCUGGAAAUAAAUAAAAAAAAACGUCAAGAUUCCAGUGCUGUGUGAAGGCUCGACUAGCUAACUACGCGAGGGGGGUGAGAAUUCCGAUAUACCUAAUAAUAUCCGUCGUAGGGGAGGAGCGCGAGAUAAAUACGCCAGGUGAACCAUUUAUGGAACAGAUCAGAGGUUCUUGGGCCUCUGUAUGGAUAAGCAUAAAAUUAAGCAUCAAUAGCUAGUAUGAACGUAUUAAUGUGAGGCUUCGUCAGGAAUUAAGCGC